AUGACUUCUAUUCCAGCUGACCAAUACGUUACAGAUACAAGCACGGAUAUCACCGAAUACUGGAUAGACUUGUUUCUUGGUAUCAAGGGGAAUGAAUAUUUCUGUGAUAUCGAUGAUGACUACAUUCGUGACCGGUUCAAUUUGACUGGUUUGGCUCAGGAAGUAUCCCAUCUAAGUUUAUUGGUUGACCUUAUCACUGAUGCCAUAGAUAUGGAUAAUGAUGAUCGUUCUGAUGAGAACCGUAAGAAUACCGAACACGAUGCUCGGGUGUUAUAUGGUCUAAUCCAUGCCAGAUAUAUCUUAACUCUGAGAGGGUUAACCAAGAUGUUUGAUAAGUUUAGAACUGGAGAUUUUGGUUUUUGUCCAAGAGUUAAUUGUGAAUUACAUCCCUUGUUACCCGUGGGGUUAAGUGAUCAACCAAGAGUUGCUAGUGUCAAACUUUAUUGUGCUAAGUGUGAAGACUUUUAUAAUCCAAAGUCAAAUCGGCAUGCUGUAGUUGAUGGAGCAUAUUUUGGUAGAUCUUUCCCAGCAAUGUUUCUACUCAAUUAUCAACAAGCUAUACCUGUUCAUUCCAAACAAACAUACGUGCCCCGUUUGUUUGGUUUCAAACUUCAUGAAUAUUCAAAGUUGGAUAGAUGGCGACAAUUACAACGGUUGAAGUUGGAAGAUCGUUUACGUAAAGAUAAUGUUGAAAUCGAUGAUGUUCAAGGGGGAUUUGAAACUUCCAAAAAGGAAUCACAAGGGCCUUAA